AAUGCUCCAGCGGCGAUUAUAGGCAGUUGUUUAAGUCGUGCAGCACACCACAUUUGAUUGCUCCGUGCUUGGCUGGGGGUGCCUCAACUCAGGCCGUGCGAACAAAAAAGCAACAAAUUUGUUACACUGCAUGCAAAUUCAAAUUUUUUAACGGUAAAAAGCUCUGUUAGAGCAUAAGAGCUUUUAUGCAUUGGCUUUGACCCCGCAGCACAACCCGCAACAACAAGAAAGCUAAGCUGCCAACGACAACGCAAAGAGCGGAGAGCGAGCAGCAAUAAUAAAACGAAAUUGGCGCUCAGUGAGAUGAGCGCAGCGGAGAGCGGCGUCGAAAAUGAGCGACGCGUGAGCAUCGCGAGCAGCUCAGUUGCUAGCAGCAAUGCCGUCGCCGUUGCCACAGAACGCCGCAGCAUCGGCCAAUGGCUGAUUUACUGCAUCACAUCGAUAUCCGUGGAGCCGACGAUGUUCCUGUACAUGUUCGCCUUCAUGAUCACCUCGGUGGUCGAGCAGAAUUUCUUCGUACAAAAGGCCUGCCGCGUCAAUCGUAAUUUCAGCGCCGAAAUCUGUGAUAACAUCAAUGCAGCGGAGAACGAGGAGUACAAGAAACAGGUGCUGGAGACGACAGCAUGGUUUCAUCAAUGGGAGGACAUCUCGGCGCACAUCUUUCCCAUCAUAUUGGCCCUGUUUCUGGGCUCCUUCUCGGAUCGACGUGGUCGCAAGCUGCCACUGCUGAUGGGUCUGGUGGGUAAGUUCAUCUACUCGUCAAUGAUUGUGGUGAAUGCCAAGAUGCCCAGCUGGCCAUUGGAGUAUGUCAUCUAUACGGCAACGUUGCCAUCGGCUGUGACUGGUGCCGAUGUUGCCAUAUUUGCCUCUUGCUUUGCCUAUAUAUCGGACAUAACGACGCUGCAGCAACGCACAAUUAGGGUGACCAUACUGGAUGUCAUCUAUUUGAUGGCGAUGCCAACGGGUGUCGCCCUGGGCUCCUAUCUCUUCUACAAUGUCUUCGACAUGUCCUAUGCGAAUAUGUUUGCUGUGAAUGCAUCGCUGCUGUUUACAGCCAUUAUUUAUACACUGCUCGUCUUGAAGUGGCAAACGACGCCCAAUCAGCGCUCGUUGCGUGAGCUGGGCUGUUGCGGCUUUUGGGGUGAUUUCUUUGACGUGCAGCACAUCAAGGACUCGUUUGGGGUGCUCGCCAAGCGUCGAAGUGGCCAUCGACGCACCUUCCUCUACAUACUGCUCCUCAGUAUGGCACUCUACACAUUCCAGCGCGACGAGGGCAACUAUUUGUAUCUUUACACGUUCGAUAAGUUUGGCUGGCAGGUCAGCUCCUACAGCACAUUUAAGACAUUCAAAUCGUCAGCCUUUGUCAUUGCCAUGCUGUUAGCUGUGCCGUUGAUGAACAAGGUGCUCGGUUGGCGCGAUACGACCAUUGUCUUUAUAGGCACCUGGGCGCAUGCGAUUGCCCGCUUGUUUUACUACUUUGCGCAGGGUCCGGCACUUUUCUAUGCCGGCGCCGUGGUCUGCAGUCUGGGACCCAUUGUGGGGCCCAUGAUACGCUCCAUGACCUCAAAGAUUGUGCCGCAGUCAGAGCGGGGCAAGGUGUUUGCCCUGCUCUCCGUCUGUGACAAUGCGGUGCCCUUUGUUAGCGGCGUUUGCUACUCCCAAAUAUAUCGGGCAACUCUCAAAACAAAUCAUGGCGGAGGCAUCUAUCUGCUGACCAUUGCCACCCAAUUGGCCGUAUUUGCCAUGAUACUCUGCAUUCACAUUGUGCUGGGCAGAGGUUCACUGGCGGUGCCCGAGGUUCCGGAGAAUCAGAGCGGACUGAUCACCAACGAGGACUUGCAGAUCAACACAAACAAUGGGGAAGGGGACGAGGAGAAGCACUGAAUGACUCACAUAUGUAUAUAAAAAUGGGAUAUUAGUAAUAUAGAAAAAACAAUGAUUUUAUACUUUUUCCUAAAUAAAGCUGUGAAAGACCAA